AUGUCUCCCAUAGUGUACUGUAGUUUCUUUCCUGUUUUUACAGUUGAAAACAUGGUAACUGUUGGAAAAACCAUUCUUGAAAAGAAUAAUUUCACUGACUUCACAAAUGUGAGGAUGGGUUUCCAUAUGCCACCAUUCUGCUCCAUUUCCCACCUGCACCUUCAUGUUCUGGCUCCAGCCAAUCAGCUUGGCUUCUUAUCCAAGUUGGUUUAUAGAGUCGGUUCCUAUUGGUUUAUCACAGCAGAUAAUUUGAUUGAAAAACUUAGAACAUGAAAAUGUCAACAGUGGAAGAUUUUCAUAAUCUUGGCUCAGUAUGGAGUAAUAUUUAAGUCCCUUUGAAGUCUAAUUGUAAUUCUGAGGUUCAUUGGGUUUUAUGAGAGGCUAUUACUGAGUAGCCUUAAAGCUUUCUGAAUGUCUGUUUCCUGAGAUCUGUGAUAUUAAUACUUUGCACUUACUUCUUUGUUUUAAUAAAUACUUGGCUAAGGAUUUUAUAUAUAUGAUACUGUAUAUAAAAUCUCAUUUAAAACAAAUUCUGUUCAUCAAGAAGGGCUCUGUAUUUUUAAAAGGUUAAAAUAUUUUAAUUUCUCAGUAAAUAGCCAGUUAUAAUAGUGAUUUAUUUAUGAAGAAUAAACUACUAUGGAAAGUG